UCAGGCAUCAAUACCUGCCCUCAGGGGUCAUCAUGCAGGCCAUUCCAUCAGGUGUAUUCAAACUCUUCGGACUUUUGCCAGACCCUCAUGGGUGGCUCCUUCAGAGUAGCUGACAAUGAACAAGACUGCUUUUACUUAUGGUUUGAUCCAACCUAUGGCAACCCUAAUGAAGCUGUGGCCAGGAAGAAAGCCUCGGAAAUCCUGAAUGUUACUUACAAGAUGGUUUCCCAUAGCAGCAAUCAUGACAGUGGAAACGGGGCUGCGAACACCAGUGGACUUACGGGAAUGGUAUUGUCUGCAUAUUUCUUCCAUGUCUUGACUUUGAGGUUGUGAGCCGUCUCGGAUAAUUCCUGUUGUUGUUUUUUUAAAGAAACUGUUUGCAUUUUUAAUCUGGAUAUCUUUUGAAGCUUUUAAAAUUAGAAUUUUGAAAUGUGUAUCUUGGACAUUUCUUGUCCAUUUUCACUUUUUAUUAAUUUGUUCUUGUGAUUGCAUGAAUUGUUUCACCUGACACAGUGCUUCCACUCUUCUGUAUUUUUACGGAAAUCCGUACUUUCUGCCAGUUUCGUACUUGUCCCUCCAUCAUUAUCAACUCCCUCCG